GUCUUGCACAGGUGUACCGGCUCCUCCCCUUCCAUCUUGCACAGGUUUACCGGCUCCUCCCCUUCCAUCUUGCACAGGUGUACCGACUCCUCCCCUUCCGUCUUGCACAGGUGUAGUGGCUCCUCCCCUUCCGUCUUGCACAGGUGUACCUGCUCCUCCCCUUCCGUCUUGCACAGGUGUACCUGCUCCUCCCCUUCCGUCUUGCACAGGUGUACCGGCUCCUCCCCUUCAGUCUUGCACAGGUGUACUGGCUCCUCCCCUUCCGUCUUGCACAGGUGUACCGGCUCCUCCCCUUCCGUCUUGCACAGGUGUAGUGGCUCCUCCCCUUCCGUCCUGCACAGGUGUAGUGGCUCCUCCCCUUCCAUCUUGCACAGGUGUACUGGCUCCUCUCCUUCCGUCUUGCACAGGUGUACCGGCUCCUCCCCUUCCGUCUUGCACAGGUGUACCAGAUCCUCCCCUUCCGUCUUGCACAGGUGUACCAGAUCCUCCCCUUCCGUCUUGCACAGGUGUACCGGCUCCUCCCCUUCCGUCUUGCACAGGUGUGCCGGUACCUCCCCUCCAGUC